AUGCGAGAAUUACUUCGACAAACACGUAUUCGUGUUUCACGCAACAAAGCUCGAAAUAUGUUUGGUAUUAUAGAUGAGUACAAUGUGUUAAAACUGGAUGAAGUUUUUAUUCAACACACUCGACUUAAUGAUCAUGAAGAUAAAGACACUAAUAACAAAGGUGAAAAGACAUCAAUUCUUCAUAAUUGUAAGGUUGUUGUCACAAAAAAUCCUUGUUAUCAUCCGGGAGAUAUUCGAACAUUUACUGUUGUCAAUCACGAAGAAUUAAAACAUCUCAAAGACGUCAUUGUCUUUUCUCAGCAAGAUGAUUGCCCAGCAUCACAUCAAAUUAGUGGAUUUGAUCUUGACGAUGGAUUUCAAAAGUAUUUUAGAAUAGAAUAA